AUUUCCCAGCUUCUCCUCUCCCGGUUACGUCAUAGAGAAGGCCGGCCUACACCUGAGUGAUGUCAGUCCAUGCUGUGUAAUCGGUGCUCGGCUUCUACCCAUCGGGGUCCCUCUGCUCACAGGUGUUGUCAUAUGGACAAUGUCCCGCUUCGCUAAGGGGGCGCUGGGGGAGUUCACGGCUUAGGAGACAGCGGCAAUGCAAGGGUCCGGAGAUAGGAGAGAGGGGGCGGUAACCUUUAAAGUCUUCUCUAGCUCCGCCCUCUCCCGGCUUCAGUGCUGCACGACUGCAGAGUAUAGGAAAGGCAGGAUCAAUGACAGUUUCCUGUUCCUCCCAGAAUCCUCCGUCUGUGUGACUGCAGAAAGAGAGAUCAGUCCAGCCACAGAAGGAAAGCAGGAGCCACACACAGCAAGGAGCAGGAAUACAUUUUAUCUGUUGGCAUCUUAGAACAUACCCUGCAAAUGUUUGGUUUUAAAAGAUGGAAAGAAUCUUGCCCUUGCUUGAAAAUGCCCUCUUAUCCACAUAACUGAUUGUAUUAACAAAGCAAAAGGGGGCCUUGUGAUCUCUGGCCAUCUGGUAAACGUGAUGACGGCCUGGUCCAUGGUCAGAAAAGUGGAAAUGGAAAAGAGGCCGUCCAAAGAAGAGCGGGCGGCUACAAGUGAGAUGGAAUACGAGAUGGGAGACUGCAGUGGAGAAUCUGAUGAAUGGACCAGCUCUGAAAGUGAAGCAGAACAGCAGGGAGUAAAAAGUGCCCUCGGCAGCUAUGUUAGCACCCUUUUUCAAGGCAUGGACAUUUCCAGCAAGCCACACAGACAACUCUGCAGAUCCCCUUGUCUGGAUCGUCCCAGCUUCUCUCAGGGCAGUAUUCAAGUUCCCCUUGAACAACCAACCAAGUCAGACAACGCUAAGAGCAGCCUAGACCGAGACAGAGAAUAUCAAGCAAAAAUGGACUUUGCCCUAAAGUUGGGCUACAGUGGAGAACAAAUUCAAGCUGUCCUUAACAAGUUGGGGGCAGUUGCUCUUAUUAAUGAUGUUCUGGCAGAGCUGGUGAGGCUAGGCAAUAAGGGAGAGUCAGACGCACAGACUAGUGGAGGCAAUUUGAGUAGCAAUCUUGUACCUAGAGGCCCUUGCACCAAAGAUAUAACAAGUCCUGAACUGUCUUUAGAAGAUGAAGUUGUUGACAGUUCAGAUAACCUUAGACCAAUCGUCAUUGAUGGAAGUAAUGUAGCAAUGAGCCAUGGCAAUAAAGAGGUCUUCUCAUGCCGAGGAAUACAGCUGGCUGUGGAAUGGUUUCUGGAGAAAGGCCACAAAGACAUAACUGUCUUUGUACCAGCUUGGAGGAAGGAGCAGUCUCGACCUGAUGCCCCCAUUGCAGACCAGGAGGUUCUCCGAAAACUCGAGAAGGAGAAAAUUCUUGUGUUUACACCAUCCCGCCGGGUGCAGGGUCGCAGAGUGGUUUGCUAUGAUGAUCGUUUCAUUGUCAAGCUGGCCUUUGAUUGUGAUGGCAUCAUUGUAUCUAAUGAUAACUACCGAGACCUCCAAAAUGAGAAGCCUGAGUGGAAGAAGUUCAUUGAAGAGAGGCUACUUAUGUAUUCAUUUGUCAAUGACAAGUUUAUGCCUCCAGAUGACCCACUAGGAAGGCAUGGCCCCAGUCUAGAAAAUUUCUUGCGUAAAAAGCCUGUUGUUCCUGAGCAUAAGAAGCAACCAUGUCCCUAUGGGAAGAAAUGCACGUAUGGUCACAAAUGUAAAUACUAUCACCCUGAGAGGGCAAACCAGCCUCUGCGAUCAGUAGCCGAUGAACUCCGAAUAAGUGCGAAACUGUCAGCGGUCAAGACAAUGAGUGAAGGUGCAUUGGUAAAAUGUGGGACUGGGCCAUCUAAUUCCAAGGGAGAUGGAUCCAUGGAAAUAAAGAGAAUUGCCCCUAAAAGACAGUCUGAUCCUAGUAUUCGUUCUGCAGCUGUAGAGCCAGAACAGAGGCUUUCAGCAGCCCGCAAAUCAGAGGCGAACUCUGUGCCAUCACUUGUAUCUGCCUUGAGCGUGCCAACUCUUCCACCUCCCAAGAGUCAUGCUGUCAGUGCUUUGAACACACGUUCAGCAAGCAGCCCUGUGCCUGGAUCAUCACAGUUCUCCCACCAGAAAUCCUCUUUGGAGCACAUGACAAGCAUUCACUAUCCACCGAUACUGGUCACUAACAGCCAUGGCAAUUCUGUCAGUUACAAUGAGGAGUAUCCAAAAUAUGAAUCUCUGGGAGACCACGGUUAUUACUCAAUGCUUAGUGAUUUCUCUAAUUUGAGCAUAAGCAGUAUGCACAAUUCUGAAUACUACAGCACAGAGCAGGACCGAGCAGCGUUUUCAAGGAACUCCAGCCCAUGUCCAGAUAGCUGCAUGAGUCACACCAGCAACGACUCCUACUCGUCAUACAGUGACCUAUAUUUGGGCAUCUCUGAUCCUGGACCUGAAGAAACUAUCAAACCCCAAAGGCCACCUCCACAUAAUCGGCUACAGCCAUUUGCACAUGGCUACCAUGAAGCUUUAACACGAGUUCAGAGCUAUGGUCAGGAGGAGCCCAUGCAGAAUUCCCGCAAGCAGUCCUCCUCGCAUAUGGCUUUGCAUAUACAACAUCCACUUGUUGGGGCAAGGUCCAGCUGUCCUGGAGAUUACCCAGCACCAGAGAAUAUGCAUCCUUCUGCUAAUGCUCAGCCUGGGAGAGCACUGGUCAUGACUAGAAUGGAUAGCAUAUCGGACUCCCGUCUUUAUGAGAGUAACCCCAUGCGGCAAAGACGACCUCCACUGUGCCGUGAACAACAUGCUAGCUGGGACCCUUUACCUUGCCCCACUGACUCCUAUAAUUACCACUCAUACCCACUUAGUAAUAGUCUCAUGCAGCCAUGCUAUGAACCAGUCAUGGUAAGAAGUAUGCCUGAGAAGAUGGAACAGCUCUGGAGAUCUCCUCACUGGCCAGUUAUGGCUAGUGAGCAUAGAGAGCAGCACAUCAUUCCAGAGCAUCAAUAUCAGACCUACAAAAACCUAUGUAACAUCUUUCCUCCAGGGGUGGUACUCUCUGUCAUGGAGAAGAACCCACAUAUGACUGACGCCCAGCAGCUUGCAGCGAUUAUUGUAUCACGGUUACGAUCAGGUCAUCAGCACUGUUAAUAUCAUCCUUUAAUGCCUGGACAAUAGUAUCUAUUGAUCAAGUUGCCUAAAUAAAACCUGGCAGUGUUUUUCUCAUUUAGCUUUCUCAGAUGACCGAUCGACCAUUUUAUCUUUUUCUUGCCACAUCUGAAACUUUACAAAGACUAUAAACUUUUAUUUAUUUUUUUAACGUAAAUGUUCUGAUCUUUGCAGCAUUCCCAAAGGAGUGCAUAUUUUACUGUAUAGAUAUAUUUAUCCCUGCUAGACCUGUUUGACAGGUAAAACCUAAAUUUCUUGGAAGGCUAAGUCACUGAUUCCUAUUCUUAAUAAAGAGGAUGGAAGGGUCAGUCAAUCUCUCCAAUGCUGGAGAUCCCAGCACAUCAUCAAAGCACAUAAGUUGCUUGCAUCAUGUUAAGUUCAGCUGUUCACAAAAAACACCUGUUCAUAUUGUUAGCAAUUAUAUUGCAUGCUUACAUGUGUAUUUGCAAUUUCAAUCAGUACAAUCUUGUACAUAGCUAGUUCUCUUUCUCUAUUGUUCACCAAAACUUCUGUCUUUGCUUAAAAGGAGGUUUCUAUUGCACAGGAAAUGUAUUGCUGAACACUCACAUCUUUUGUGUAUUUUUCAGAGUUCAUAGAUACAUUACCAUGUCGCAAUAUUUAUCUGUACUACAGAUUUUAUAUUUGCACAACAGAACUUUUAGUUUUGUUUUUGUCUUUGUGUUUUUGCACAAUUUUUGACAGGUCACUGGUCAGUUGUACCUCAGUAAUAUUUUGUAAUAGCCAUGCGCCUCUUAAUCACAAUUGUGCUUUUGGUGCCCAAAAUUCAAAGGAGGCCUUUACAUUUUAUGGUGGGCCAAAUGCAUGUAGUAUUUUGUAAUAGAGGAAGAAAUGUGUUUGUAUAUUUUUUGAUGUAGCUAUGUGUCCAAUUGUGGGCAAACAAAAACCCUGGACAUUUUUCUUGAAGGAAAAACCCAUUCUGAUAGUAUACCAUUGAUACAGCUCCUGAGGAGAUGUAGCUUAAGACUUUGAUUUCUGAACGCAUUAUUAGUUGUUUGGCUUUAACUAGCCAUGAAGUGAUAUUUAUUGCCAGUACCCAGAUGGUUAAAAGGCUAAUACAUUGUAAUGCUGGUAUGGAUAAGAGCUUUUGAUAACAUUUGUGGAAAAAUAUAGAUGCAUGUGGUAUUUGGGUUAUUUACUACCCAGAAACAGGUAAUCUAUGUCUAGUAAUCCCAUACAUUUAAAGUGGUUUUAAACCCAAACCAAAAAUGUAUUUUAUAUGUAUGUAAAUUGCAGCUUACCAAUCAUCGGAUGUGGGGACCGCAUUUAUUUUCUUUUUUUUCCAUCUGUUUUCGCUUGCUGAUCAGGCCAGUAAUCCACCUCCUGUAUUAGUGUGCCCACUCUGGAUGAAGGAGCACAGGGGCACCUUUUGGACAGCUUCAUUGUCAAUCUGGGGGGAGGGGGUGUUUGAUGGACUAACAGAUUUAAAUACACAAAUUGAUGCCAGACUCCAGCUAAUACUUUA